AAACUCUAGGCUUGUAAUUUGAGAGACAGAGAGGAAUAUGCCUUUUCUGUGAGGCCGGUGCUCUCUCAAGAACUACAAGAGCUAUUGCCCGUAUUUCUUUCAUACAGACUUCAUACAGACAGGAGUAGGGAACACCAUAACAAUGAGGGUCAUCCCAGGGACAGUGUGAAUUGAUAGGAUUUAGAGGCCUCAGCAGAUAUGGGAAGAGAUGAGUCAGGCCUCUGGUCUCCAGAGUAAAUAGAAGAACGGAAUAGGGUGGGAACAGCAUCUAAAGGGCACUUCCAGGGGACAAGGUGAUGAGGAACAGGAGUAUGUGUGUUUCCCACCCAAACGGCAGUGCAAAUGGUACAAAAGUGAAGUGCUCAGAAGUAACGUUAUCAUGAAUAGGUGACAUUAAUGCAGGGAGAUAUUGACUACUGCUGUUGAAGCAAGCUGUUAAAAUAUCCACCAAUGGUGAUCUCACAAGCAUGAUAGUGCUGAAUGGAGAAGGAACUUGAGCUGAAAGCACAGUCAAGUGAAGUAGUUAAGAGUACAAGAUGUCAGAGUCAGAAGCAGCGUUGGAGAGAAUCAGAUCUGGAGUUGGAAAACAGAACUGAGAAGAGCUUCUGGAAAUAGAGCUGAGAAAUCACUGGGAGAGUUGAGACUCUCUGGAGGACUGAAUUGCUCUUGAAGCAGCUGAAGGAACAGUCUGGGAAGGAAGAGCAGGACCUGAGGCUGAGUAAGGGACCAGCCAGGCUUGCUGCAGAAGCUGAUUAGGAGUGACUGCAAGAGGACUCUUGCGAAGAUCUGAACAUCUUUAUGUGACGUUGGAGGAAGCAGAACAUAGUUGGUCUCUUUAAGCGCUGGCCUGACUGCAGCACACUUUGGAAAGAAAAUGGCUGCCGCUGGACUACCGUCAGAUGGAACUAUAGAGGCUGAUCUCCGACCAUUGUCAGCUGAAGAGGUUGAGGAGUCAGCAGCCUGGCCAGAGCUCCAUCUUGACCCAGCUUCUUGGAUAGAAGGUGACCAAGUGUGGGUCCUGGAACUUCAGCCUUAUGCUCCUCCUACAGGUGAAGGAGAUUUGGAGGAAAUGCAACAGCCAGCAAGUGCUGAGAAAGUGGAAUCCAAGAGUUCCUUCAUGCAAAGUAGGCAGAGCUCAGCAAAGGAAGAAGGAAUUUCAGGGUGUCAACACUGGUCAGAUGAAGUCACGAAAAGUCCCUCAGCACGCAGGCAGACCAAGAAAACAUUUAUAAGUGAUGGGGAAACGUUCAGCCAAAGUGUGAAUCUAACGACAGAUAAGAAUACCCAUGCAAAGAAUCGGUACAUCUGUGACCAAUGCGGAAAAGGCUUCCGAUGGCCUUCCCAAUUCAAUCAACAUUAUAAAUGUCAUUAUAGAUCUUUACACAUUGGGAAUAAAGCAACUAGACAGCGCAAAUGCCAAUCAGAACCAAAUCCCCCAAACCCACUGGUCCCUGCCCCCUUGCCUUUUCAGGCUGAGAAUGUGUUUGCAGACGCUUCCAAAACAACCAGACCGAAGCCCUCACUAAGGACAGACCAGAAUCGGCACACCUGCAACCAAUGUGGGAAGGGCUUCCGAUGGCCUUCACAUCUCAAUCGACAUUAUCAAUGUCAUUAUCGACAUUUAAGAGUUAAGAAAAAGGUAGCUAGACAGGGCCAUUGCCAGUCAGAAGCUUACAAUCCCAUCCCCUUGCCUCUUCAGGCAGAGAAUAUAUUUGCAGACUCUUUUGAAACAUUCGGCCCAAAGUCAUUGCUAAUGGCAGACCAGGGCACCCAUAUGCAGAACCUGCACAUCUGUGAUCAGUGUGGAAAGAGCUUCCAGUCACUCUCAGAACUCUCCCACCAUCAGCGCAUGCACUCUGAAGGGGACGCAGCUCAAGCAAGCCAAUGCCAAUCAGAAGUACCCAGCCCAAAUCCCUUGGCACCUGACUCUCUGCAAGACAAAGAGAAUACAUGUGCAGAUUCUUGUAAAACACUCAGCCCAAAGUCAGCGGACCAGAGCACCUAUACCAGGAAUCAGCACACCUGCAAGCAGUGUGGGAAGGACUUCCGAUGGCCCUCAGAUCUCAUUCGACAUUACCAACGUUCACACUCUAGGAAGAAAGUUGCUAGAUGGGGCAAGCGCCAAUCAAAAGCAAACCCCCAAAGUCCAUUGGUGCCUGCCCCCUUGCCUUUUCAGGCAGAGAAUAUGUUUGCACACGCUUCCAAAACAUCCAGACCAAAGUCCUCACUAAGAACAAAGCACAAUCGGUACCCUUGCAACCAAUGUGGGAAGGACUUCCGAUGGCCUUCACAUCUCAAUCGACAUUAUCAAUGUCAUAAUCGACAUACAGUCAUUGAGAAGAAAGUAGUUAGACAAGGCAAGUGCCAAUCAGAAGCUUACAGUCUGAGUCCCUUGGCACCCAUCUCCUUGCCUUUUCAUGCUGAGAAUAUGUUUACAGACUCUUGUGAAACAUUUGGCCCAAAGUCAUCGCAAAUGGUAGACCAGAGAAUCCAUACGAAGAAUCUGCAACUCUGUGGCCAAUGUGGGAAGAGCUUCCAGUCAUUCUCAGAACUCUCCCACCAUCAGCUCCUGCACUCUGAAGGGGAAGCAGCUCAACCAAGCCAGUGUCAAUCAGAAGUACCCAGCACAAAUCCAUUGACACCCGUCUCCCUGCAGGACAAGGAGAAUGCAUGUACAGAUUCUUGUGAAACACUCAGCCAUAGCUCAAAGCUAGUGACAGACCAGAGUACUCAUGCUGAAGAUCUGCAACUCUGUGACCAAUGUGGGAAGGGCUUCCAGUCACUCUCAGAACUCUCCCACCAUCAGCUCGUGCACUCUGAAGGGGAAGCAGCUCAACCACAUCAGUGUCAAUCAGAAGUACCCACCACAAAUCCAUUGACACCCGUCUCCCUGCAGGACAAGGAGAAUGCAUGUACAGAUUUUUGUGAAACACUCAGCCAUAGCUCAAAGCUAGUGACAGACCAGAGUACUCAUGCUAAAGAUCUGCAACUCUGUGACCAAUGUGGGAAGGGCUUCCAGUCACUCUCAGAACUCUCCCACCAUCAGCUCAUGCACUCUGAAGGGGACGCAGUUCAAGCAAGCCAAUGCCAAUCAGAAGUACCCAGCCCAAAUCCCUUGGCACCUGACUCUCUGCAAGACAAGGAGAAUACAUGUGCAGAUUCUUGUGAAACACUCAGCCCAAAGUCAGCGGACCAGAGCACCUAUACCAGGAAUCAGCACACCUGCAAGCAGUGUGGGAAGGACUUCCGGUGGCCCUCGGACCUCAAUCGGCAUUAUCGACGUUUACACUCUAGGAAGAAAGUAGCUGAACGGGACACUUCCAAAACAUCCAGACCAAAGUCCUCACUAAGGACCAAGCACAAUCGGUACCCUUGCAAGCAAUGUGGGAAGGACUUCCGAUGGCCCUCGGACCUCAAUCGGCACUAUCGACGUUUACACUCUAGGAAGAAAGUAGCUGAACGGGGCAAGUGCUUAUCAAAAACAAAUAGUCGGUUGGUGCCUUCCCUCCUGCCUUUUCAUGAAGAGAAUAGGUUUGCAGACACUUCCAAAACAUCCAGACCAAAGUCCUCACUAAGGACAAAGCACAAUCGGUACCCUUGCAACCAAUGUGGGAAGGACUUCCGAUGGCCUUCGGGCCUCGAUCGGCAUUAUCAGCGUCGGCACAAAAGUUUACACAUUGGAAAGAAAGUAGCUGAAUGGGGCCGGAGCCAGUCAGAAGCUUACAGCCCAAGUCCCUUGGCAUUCACCUCAUUGCCUCUUCAGGCAGAGAAUAUGUUUGCAGGCUCUUGUGAAAUGUUCAGCCCAAAGCCAUUGCUAAUGGCAGACCAGCGCACCCAUAUGAAGAAUCUGUACUUCUGUGAUCAAUGUGGGAAGGACUUCCAGUCAUUCUCAAAACUUGCCCAACAUCAGCUUGUACACUAUGGAGAGGAAGUUGUAAGUCAGGGCCUGUGCCAGUCAGAUGUAUUCCCAGUGGCCCCUGUUCCCUUGCCCCUGCAAGUGCAGAAUACACUUGUUUCCCAAGAGUCUUCAUUCAAACCAAAGUCACUGCUAAGGACAAGCCGGAGCAGCCAUACUAAAAAUCUGUUCAUCUGUGACCAUUGUGGAAAGAGCUUCCAAUGGCCUUCUGGACUUGCCAGACAUCAACGUGUACAUUUUGGAAAGAAAGCCUCUGGACCCAGCCAGUGCCAGUCAGAAGCAUCCAACUCAAGUCCCUUGGCACCCAUCCCCCGGCCAGUGAAGACUGUGUCUGCAGACUCUUCUGAAGCCUUCAGCCAAAAGUCAAUUCUAAUGACAGACCAGAGACAUCCUAAAAAACUACACUUCUGUGACCAGUGUGGGAAGGGCUUCCAGUGGCUCUCUUCACUUGUCCGUCAUCAGUUUGUACACUCUGGGGAGAAAGCAGCUAGACGGGACGAGCGCCAAUCAGAAGUAUACAGCCUCAGACCUGUUGUGCGACUUCCCUUGCGCCUGCAAAGAGAGAUUGUACCUACAGACUCUUCUGAAACAGUUGGCCAAAACUCAAUGCUAAUGACAGACCGCAGACGUACUAAGAAAUGGCACUUCCGUGACCAGGACAGGCCCUCUUCAGUUGUCCGUCAUCAGUCUGUACACUCUGGGGAGAAAGCAGCUAGACGGGACGAGCGCCAUUCAGAAGUAUACAGCCUCAGACCUGUCGUGCGUCUUCCCUUGCGCCUGCAAAGAGAGAUUGUACCUACAGACUCUUCUGAAACAGUCGGCCAAAACUCAAUGCUAAUGACAGACCGCAGACGUACUAAGAAAUGGCACUUCCGUGACCAGGACAGGCCCUCUUCACUUGUCCAUCAUCAGUCUGUACACUCUAACCCUAACCCUAACUCUGAGGAGAAAACAGCUAGACGGGACAAGCGCCAAUCAGAAGUAUACAGCCUCAGACCUGUCAUACCUGUCCCCAUGCGCCUGAGAACAGAUUAUACACUUGCCAGCUCUUCUGAAACAUUCAGCCAAAAUGCAAAGCUAAGAACAGAUCGGAGUAUCCAAACAAAGAACAAACAUAUCUGCAGUCAUUGUGGGAAAUGCUUCCGAUGUGCCUCAGAACUUGCCCAACAUCUCUGGUAUCUUUCUGUAGGAAUAUCUAGAGAAAAUCGAUGCUGGUCAAAAUCAGAUGGCCCCAGCCCCUUCAAGCCUAAUGCUGCUUUGCCACAAACAGAGAGUACAUUUACGAAUGGCUGCAAAACAGUCAGCCAAAGUGUCCAGCUAAUGACAGACCAGAGCACCUACUUGAAGAAGGUCAGCAUCUGUGAUCAGUGUGGGAAAUGCUUUUGGUGGCCCUCUCGCCUGGCCCUGCAUAAACUCACUCACUCCAGGAGGAGAAAAGUUAGAAGAAGAAAAGCUAUGAAGGAAAAAUCCCAGUCACAUAUAUUCAGCCCCUUAGAUCCUGGCUCCAAACUCCUACAGAUAGAGAAUACAAAUGUGUUUGAACCAUUAAGCCAAAGUUCCAGCCUGUCGGAAGGCCAGAAGACCCACACCGAGAACACCUACUUCUGUAACCAAUGUGGUGAAGGCUUUCAGUGUCUCACUGACCUCAGCCAACACGUGGACACCCAUUCUAGCGAGCAGCCCUAUGCCUGUGCCAUUUGUGGGAAGGAGUUCAGGCGCAGGGUACAGAUGGUGAAACACCAGAAGUGGCAUGAGGAGAGCCGUGAAGAAGAAGGAGAGGAAGAAGGCCAGAGGCAUCCGGGUGCAUGUGAACCAGAAGCUCUCAAGCGGGACAUAGCAACAGAGCAGCUGCAAUGCCAUUUCCCCAAAGGAACGGAAGAACUCUGCAAACCUUUUUCCAGUCCAAAAGUCUGUGAGUGUGGCAUUUGCUACACUGGAGAAGGUGAUAGCCCUGAACCUCUUCCUGCAAACAGCAUCUGGGAAAUUGGUGUCAGUGGCCACCCCCAUAUCCUAUCCCUAAAGCGACCCUGUGAGUGUGGGUUCUGUGGGACCAGUGAGCAGGGCAGCAUUGACGUGCAGCCCACUGAACCGUCUUCCCCCAGUGCUGAUAUCACAGUUUGUGUGGAUCUGAUGACCAGUUUGAGUUCCCAUGAGUCUGUCACUGCCUUGCCUGAAGACUUGACCGCCUCCUGGGAGGCUGACAAGAGUGUUGCAAGCAUGCCGAGGGAGGAGGCUUCUGCUGCAAGCACCCCCUCCACAUGUGUGGGGUUGUCCCCUGCUAGGGCCAGCCAGGACCCCGAGGAGCCUCCUUUCCUGAGCACACCUACGGGGCAAGCUCCCCCUUUGGUGGAAGAGGACAAGCCUUACACUUGCCCCCAGUGUCCAAAGCAGUUCAGCUGCAGUUCAUACCUGACAAAGCACCUACGCAUCCACCAGGCAGGGAAACCAUACAGGUGCACCAUCUGCAUGAAGUGCUUUGCCCAGCGUACAUAUCUGACCAAGCACAUGCGACUGCACACAGUGGGGGCAGGGCAUAGCUGCCCAGAAUGUGGCACCUGGUUCACUCAGUUAUCAUACCUGCGUAAGCACAUGCGCCUCCACACAGAGGCCCACCCAAGGAUCAAAGGCAGGGCCAGCCCUACCAUUGGGUGCAGUGGAGCAGCCUCCCCAUGAGUACUGUUGGGUUCUGUGCCCACUUAUUUCCUGAGCUGAUUGGCUGGGCUGUGGGCCAAUAGGACUCUUUUUCUUUUUUCUUUUAAUGGACUUGUUUUUCCAGAGGACUUUGGAACAUGGUUUGGGUCCACAUAGUCCCAGAAUACCUGUGUCUCUUGCUCUUCCUGCUGAUAGUGGGGGGAAGCACAGUAGCCACUUGGAGGGUGUUUUAAUCAAUGGACUGUGUGGCUUUUGAGAUUUUAAGUUUAAAUAAAUAUUGUAUAUUGCAAAA